AUGGCCGCCGCCCAGCUCUCCGCGGCACGCUGCAGCCGCGUGAUCGGCUCCCGCCAGGUCACGGCGCCCCGCAGGCUGCCAGCGGCCUCCAAUGUGCGCAAGCUUGUGCUGAGCCGGGUGGCCCAGGUGGAGGCCAACUCCUCCGUCAAGCACACCGAGAAAGCCGAGAAGAAGAAGCACAAGGAGGAGGAGGAGGAGGAGCUUGAGGGCAGCGAGGACGACGGUCUGAACCCGCAGCAGGCAAGGCCCCAGAGCCCAGCGCCUGUGCCGUUGCGGCGUGUGGUGCCGUGGGCGACCGUUGAGUCCUUCCUGUCAGUGCUCUGCGAGGAGACCGACAUCGCCGAGGUGGAGCUCAAGAUGGGCAGCUUCAAGAUGCGCGUGCGGCGCAGCCUGAACGGCGCCGCCGCCGCCCCCGCCGCGGCCGCCGCGCCGGCCGCCGCCGCGCCCGCCCCCGCCGCCGCGCCGCCGGCGUACGUGCCCGAGGCGCCCGCCGCGCGCCCGGCCGCCGCCGUGGAGACUGUUGACGAGGAUGAGAGCCUGCUGGAUGUCACCGCCAACAAGGUGGGCAUCCUGCGCCGCGGGCGGUACAUGAAGGGCAAGCAGGUGGGCAAGGGGACCAUGGUGCAGCCGGGCGACCAGGUGAAGAAGGGGCAGACGCUGGCCUUCAUCGAGCAGCUGGGCACGCACUGGCCGCUGGAGGCGCCCCAGGCGGGCGAGGUGGUCGAGUUUCUGGUGGACGAGGGGUCCCCCGUGGAGUACAAGCAGCCGGUGCUGGUCAUCGCGCCCUUCUUCGGCGGGCACAUCAUUGGCGACCGCAAGCAUGCCUGA